CCAAUACUCCAAAAUAGGUGUAACCUUGCAUAUGGAAUGAAGGGCAGUUUGAUAAAAAAUUCCAAGUUGAGGUGCCGUUGACACGGUUGUUGAUGAUGAUGUUCCCUUGAGAGAGAAGAGCAUUCACAUAUGCUCAGCCCCCAUGCCUGGACUACCCUCUCCAGCUCUUUUAUUUUCUUCAUGUGCUUUCUUCAUCCUUUCCUGCUUUGCUCCAGUGACUCGAGCCCAGAAUGAAUCUCAAGCUACUUUAUAUCCCAAUGAAGCGAGGGCUUUGAAUAGCCUGUUUGUGAAAUGGGGAGUGAAGGCUGACACAAGUCAAUGGAACAUAAGCGGAGAGCCGUGCAGCGGUUCCGCCAUAGAUUCAAUCCUGUUCACAGACAGUGGCUAUAACCCUUUAAUCAAAUGCGUUUGUAGUUUCGCCAACAAUACCCGAUGCAGGAUUGACCAAUUGAAAGUUUUUUCUUUGGAUGUUGUUGGUACGAUACCAGAUGAGCUAUGGGAGUUGACUUACCUAUAUAAUUUGGAUUUGCGGGAAAAUUACCUGUCGGGCCCGUUGUCUCCAUCCAUUGGCAAUCUUACUCGCAUGAAAUACCUGAGUUUUGGUAACAAUCAACUAUCAGGGGUGCUACCAAAGGAACUUGGUCAACUUACAGAGUUGCUAUCCUUGUCUAUUGCACAAAACAACUUCUCUGGUACUCUUCCACCUGAACUGGGGAAUUUAGUGAAAUUACAACAGAUUUAUAUUGAUAGUUCUGGAGUAAGCGGUGAGAUUCCUUUGACACUUGCUAAUCUACAAGAACUAAUUACUGUGUAUGCAUCAGAUAAUGAGCUCACAGGAAGUAUACCCGAUUUUAUAGGGAACUGGUCAAAGCUAAAUGCAUUGAGGUUACAAGGAAACUCUUUUCAAGGUCCUAUACCAUCAACAUUUGCCAAUCUGACGGCUAUGAUUGAGUUGCGUAUAAGUGAGUUAUCUAAUGGCAGUUCAUCUUUUGACUUUAUUAAGAAUAUGAAGAAUCUAACCGUUCUAGUACUCAGGAAUAACAACAUAACUGAAUCAAUUCCAUCCAAUUUUAAUGAAUACCAGCAAUUGUCGCAACUGGAUUUGAGCUUCAACAGUAUAACUGGAGAGAUCCCGACAUCCCUUUUCAAUAUGACCUCACUUGAUUAUCUAUUCCUCGGAAACAAUAAGUUGAAGGGUACACUGCCUGCACAGAAAAGCACAACUCUUCUCAAUGUAGAUUUGUCAUACAAUUUCUUAGCAGGGAGCCUUCCUUCUUGGGUCAACCAGAAUAGUUUACAGCUUAAUUUAAUUGGAAACAACUUGACAAUUGGAAGUUCUAGCAACAGUCUGGAAUGUCUUCAGCGGAACUUUCCUUGCAAUCGAGGCCUGCCAAUCUAUUAUAACUUUUCAAUCAAUUGCGGCGGUCCUCAAAUCACAACCGCUCAGGGUAUCAAGUAUGAGAAGGAGAAUGAGAGAGUGGGUCCGGCUUCAUUUUACGUGGCUGACACCAAGAGAUGGGCAGUGAGCAAUAUUGGACUCUUCACUGGAAACAAUAAUCCACGUUACCAGAGUUCUACGCCAUCCACAUUCACAAAUACUUUGGACUCUGGGCUCUACCAAACAACCCGAUUGUCUGCUUCCUCAUUAAGAUAUUUUGGUUUGGGGCUCGAGAAUGGUAACUAUACGAUCACUCUUAGGUUUUCUGAAACUGCAUUUGAAGAUGCCCGUACUUGGAAGAAUCUGGGAAGGCGUGUGUUUGAUAUCUAUAUACAGGGAAAUCUUGUUAGGAAGGAUUUUGAUAUACGAAAGCAGGCAGGUGGCCUCCUAUCCCAAGUUGUUGAUUUACCACUUAAGGCUCGUGUCUCACAAAAUUUCCUUGAAGUCCAUCUCUUCUGGGCGGGAAAAGGGACUUGCUGUGUACCUACGCCGGGUACAUAUGGACCUGCAAUUUCCGCCAUCAGUGCUACGCCUGAUUUUGUACCUAGUGUAAGUAACAUACCUCCAGCCACUAAGAAGAAGGACAAGACUAGUCUUAUUGUGGGGCUCACAGUUGGUGCUGGAAUUUUAAGUUUUCUAUCUAUUAUAGCGGUUUUCAUUAUUGUUCGAAGGAGGAGAAUCACUUAUGACGAUGAUGAAGAGCUCUUAGGGAUGGAUGUCAAACCAUUCACUUUCACUUAUGAAGAAUUAAAGUUGGCUACAAAUGACUUCAAUGCUGAUAAUAAACUGGGAGAGGGAGGAUUUGGACCUGUCUUCAAGGGAACACUUCAAGAUGGUAGAGAUAUUGCUGUGAAGCAACUGUCUGUGACAUCACAUCAAGGAAAAGCACAGUUUGUGGCAGAAAUUGCUACCAUAUCUUCUGUCCAACAUCGUAACCUAGUGAAACUAUACGGAUGCUGCCUUGAGGGAACCAAAAGACUCCUUGUGUAUGAGUAUCUCCAAAACAAGAGUCUUGAUAAAGCACUCUUCGGAAUUAAGAGCUUGGAUCUGAACUGGUCAACUCGUUAUGAGAUUUGCUUGGGUGUGGCAAGGGGUUUGGCUUAUCUUCACGAGGAGUCACGGCUUAGAAUCGUACAUAGAGACGUGAAGUCAAGUAACAUUUUACUUGAUGCUAACCUUAUCCCCAAAAUAUCAGAUUUCGGUUUGGCCAAACUUUAUGAUGACACAAAAACCCACAUAAGUACACGGGUUGCUGGAACCAUUGGUUAUUUAGCCCCAGAGUAUGCCAUGCGGGGCCAUCUUACAGAGAAAACCGAUGUGUUUGCCUUUGGUGUUGUGUCUCUCGAGGUUGUCAGCGGUAGACCAAAUUCUGAUCCGAACUUGGAGGAAGAACAAAUGUAUCUUCUUGAUUGGGCGUGGAACCUAUAUGAAGGAAAACAAGCACAUCUACUGGUGGAUCCAAGACUGUCGAAAUUCAAUGAUGAAGAAGUGAAACGUCUGAUAGGAGUUGCGCUUUUGUGCACCCAAACAUCACCCACACUACGGCCGUCCAUGUCGCGGGCAGUGGCAAUGCUUCAAGGAGACAUUGAGGUUAGCACUGACAUCUCGAGGCCUGGAUAUCUCACUGACUGGAAAUUUGAUGAUGUCAGCAGCAUAGUCAGUGUUGGUUUGUACAAUGGAAGUGAAACUACUUACUAUAACUCGUCUACAGCGGGGACCAGCACAGCGACGACAGACCUUGAAGUUGCAUUAUCGCCCGUUGGUCCCAGUCAACCUAUUUUUAUCCACUCCAAAAUUUCCGAAGAAUAGUCUAACUCUGUUCCUAAGACUCCUUAAUAAAGGUAAGAAACUUAAGUUACUUGGUUUUCCCAUGAGUAUCAAGUCAUGUACUCUUGUCUGUAAUUAGGGUAUUGUAAAUUCUUGUCUCUAAUGGCGGGUUGUAACUUGUAACUUGGGAAGGUUGCAUUGAUUAAUCCAUAUGCCUUCAAACAUGUGAGUGAUAGCCUGUGUGUUAUACCUGGUUGAUAUCAAUAGAAAUAAUGCUGUAGCAAUAGUUAUAAACUACUCGAUAGCUAACUUGCUGUAUUAUCAUAUUAUGAACAUUUUGUUAGAUUGUUAGAUUAUUAAUUUUAUAGUACGAUAUUGAUAAUUAUAAAACAUGUCUCGCA